AUGGUGUUGAACAAGCCCGGAGGACCGUUGCAUUUUCUGUAUGGGAAGCUGAGCGCCGACGAGAAGACCAAGUUGGAUGCGGCUCUUGCUGAAGCCAAGAAAUUGAAGAGGCAUGAGGCCAAGAGCAAGAUCGCCGCGUUUGUCGCGACCUUGAGCGAUCCAUUGAAGGUAAACGAAAUUUUUUGAUUUGGAAUUGUUCAAAGACUUGAAUAAAGAUCAGUUUGUUGGGAAAAUAAUGAGUAAAAUGUUGCUGCGCUGUUCGCGUCGCGAAAGUUGAAAAAAAUUUGAUUUUCCCACGAUACUGUUCAUUUUCUCGGCGGCAAUGCGACAUUGUGCUCUUUAUUUUCCCGACAGAAUGAUACUAUUAUAGUCCGUUCGAAAAAUCGCUGGGAUUUUGACGACGUGCGGUUUUGUGUGAGGUUUUGUUCUUGCACAGUGAAUCUCGCCGAGCAAUACAACAAACUGCUUUCUCACAGCGUUAGCGCCAAAAAAGUCACUUGACCAAACGAAUAGGAUAGCGUCAUUUGCAAGAAUGAACCUCACCGCAAAGUAACCAUUUUUCAGGCCGAAGCCAAGACCCAACGCGAGAAGUACGAGAAGAACAAAACAGAGAGCGAAUCGAAGAUUAAGGGUUUGAGUGCUGGCGCUCAAAACGUCUACAAUGAAAUCAAAAAGGUGGCUGACGAUGGUUCCCUGACGCUGGAGGACGAGUACAACAAAACGAAGCAGUUGAUUACGCUGGCUCCGAACGCCGUCCGCGACGAACUCAAAGCCAACAACAUCACCUUGCCCGGAAUCCCAGUGUUUUAUUAGAGUGAAAAUUUUACGGUAGACCUCUGUGAAAUUACUGUGAAGGUUUACAGUAGACUUUUGUCUCCUACAGUAAUCAAGUUUACAGCGAUUUUGAAUAGGUUAAAGCUACAAUCAACCACUAAUAAAUGAGUAGUUCUCGGAAUUUGUUUUGCAUGCAGACCAAAAACGCUUUUCGAUGUAAGGUGUUCCAGGUGCACACUCAUCGAAUUAACACUCGAAUAUAUGAGAUGUUGAAAUUGCAGACAAUUUUGGUAUGGAAAUUUUCUCUGUCUACAAAGCCAACUCCAAAUACAUACUAGUCCGUUCGUAAAGUCGCUGGAAUGUUUUCGGCGACAUGCACUCCGCGAAACCGAAAGUUCACUUUGCACUGUGCAAUUUUUGGCUUUUCGCACAGUGCAAUAGGCUUUUUUGGACUGUCGCUCGCACCCUGAGUUUUCGUGCACAGUGCGCGUCGCCGAAAUCAUUCCAGCGACUUUACGAACGGACUAGUACUAUUUCAGGUUUCUGUAGGAACAUGCUUGCAAGACAAUAUUGCACAUUCAUAACAGGCGAGCCAAAAAGUCUUGACACGUCUGUACGGAGCGCAAAAAAAUCUUAUACGGUGACGGGGAUGCUAAAAUUCGAUGUUCACAACGACAGAGCAAAGUGAAUCCAAGAGCAAUAAAUUUCAACUGCACACUGAACCUCCCGUUCCAUUAUAUCAGUUUAUGGAGAAAAUAAUGAGCACAGUAUCGCUGCGCUGUUUGCGUCGCUGAAGUCAAGAGCAAUUUGAUUUUGUCGCGGCACAACUCAUGUUCUCGUCGGAGAUGCCAUUUUCAAUGAACAUGAAUUGUGUUGCGACAAAAUCAACUUGCUUUUCGAUUCAGUGACACCAUUUAUGCAGCGACAUUGGGCACACCAUUUUCCCGACAGACUGAUACCUCGCUCUUUUUAAAGUGCGCUGAGAUUUUGACGCAAAACAUAAUCGCAAUUUUCAACUCGACAUUGUGCUCAGAUUACUUUGACCAUCAUUUGGUUAAUUUAUGUGCAAAAAACUACCUUCAUUUUUGAUGGCAAAGGAGCCAUGUAUAACAUAAUUAUAAUAAAAACUUAUGGCCAUUAGCCCAUUACGCACAAUUUUUCUAUGGCUUUCACUUAUUCUCCACGGUUUGCUGACUUUGCAAAGGCUCGGCGAAUUUUUGUCCGUCUAAAAAAAGCGGCACAAAAGUGUACGCUUCCUUUGCCCUUUGGCGAAUAAUUAUGUGGGAGAAAGCACCUGGAAUUUAAAUUUGUUUUUGGAAUUGCCUUGUUCGAUCUGCCGUAUCGUUGUGCAAUAUAAGAGCGAAGGAAUAAGAAUUUUUUCUCGAGCUCGAUAAUGUUUGCUGGAUCCGCUACCAAUUUCAAAAAGUAGCGGAAACCUCAAUUUGCAACCUCCAAAAAAGACGUCGGAAGCAAAUCGGCCAUUUUGCGACGGCGCAAAAUUGGGAGGUAGCAAAUCGGCCCUUUUGCGACGGCGCAAAAUUGGCAGGUAGCAAAUCCAUAGAUUUGCGGCGUCCCAAAACAAGCCCCGCCCCCUCAAUUUUUCAGCCAUCACGUUUUGGCUUUUUUGACGGAAAAACACCGUUUAGGGUGAAAAACUUAGCUGAUAAAUCAUACAUUUCGAAAUUAUGAAUAAUAAAAACGUCCCUCUUCAUCGCUAUAUUAUUUAUUAAUAAAAGACGUACGUUUUCAUGUAAAAUAUGCGGGUUUUCCACAAUAUUGUCUAAAUACGGCCGGAUAGUCGAUGGAUGGGGUUGAAGAACAUGGCCGCUUACAGAUCUUUCUGGAAAUCGAAAUCAAUAUAAAUUUCCUUCUGAUUAGAAAAAAAGCCUUCUGUUACCUCAUAGUUCAUGUGUCUAAUCCAAGCAUCGAAACAGACAUAAUGUUGAGCAAAAAUACGGCCGACUGGAGUGAAACCGAGUUCCAGGCAACAAUUUAUUACCUAAAAACAGAAUAAUAAUACUUAAAUCAAAUCUUACCUCCUUUAACAACUACCACACGGCUUUUCCCUUGUCCGAUUUCGUUGUUUCUGCCUCCUGAAAACGGUUUGUAAGACUCUUGCCAUGAAUAAUAUUAAAAAAAAAUUGGAAAUCUCGUCUAAAGUCAAAAAAUAAUAACAAAACAGCUUACCAUGGCUAAAAAACGGUUGAUUUGAUUGAUAACGCCGAGGACAUCCUUGUUAUUGGACCUAAAAUCCGUUCUCGGACUGCGUGGCAUUUCGUUUUCACGGGCCGCGAAAACAUUCGCAACUUCAUAAAUUCUUUUUUUCCUGUUUUCUUAUGUUUCCUUUUGUUGAAAUUGGCCAAAUAGAUGCAGAGAAGCUGAAUUAGAAGACAAACCGGCUCAAGGUGAUCUCCAUAAACAUCGGGGACGAAAUUGGCGGGCAAAAAAGGCUUUUUGACUCCAUGGUAAGUUGUUUUUUUAUUAUUUUUUGAUUUUAGACGAGAUUUCCAAUUUUUUUCUAGGCAAGAGCCUUAUAAAUCGUACACAGGCGGCAGAAAUAAUGAAAUCGAACAAGGGAAUGGCCAAGUGAUAGUUGCUAAAGGAGGUAAGAUUGGAUUUAAGUAUUCUUAUUCUGUUUUUAGGUAACAAAUUAUUACCUGGAAUUCCGAUUUCACUCCCGUCGGCCAUAUUUUUGCUCAAAGCUAUGCCCAUUUCGAUGCUCGGAUUAGACACAUGCAAUAUGAGGUAAAUGAAGGUGUUUUUUUCUGAAAAUGAUAAGGAAAUUUUACAUUGCUUUUGAUUUCCAGGAAGGUAAUUUGGCGGCCAUGAUCCAUCCCUCGACUUCGGCCAUAUCUGGCAAAACAUGUUCUUCAGUUCCAUCCAUCGACUCUCCGGUAAUGCUUGGACAAUGUUGUAAAAAACGCAUAUUUUAUACGAAAAUGUACGUCUUUUAUUAAUAAAUAUUUUAACGAAGAAGACUUUUUCUUUCAUAAUUUCGUAAAUGUACGAUUUACAAGCAAAAUUUUUCACCAUAAAUGGUAUUUUUUUGUCAAAAAAGGCCAAAACGCGGUGGUUGGCUGCAAAACUCAGGGGGCGGAGUUUAUAUGUAUUUGGGACGUCGCAAAUCCGCGGAUUUGCUACCUCCCAAUUCCGCGCCGUCGCAAAAACGCCGUUUUGCUACCUCCUCUCUCGCGGAGGUAGCGAAAACGCCGAUUCGCGACCGACUUUUUUCGGAGGUCGCGAAAAGAAGGAUUCGCUACCGAGACCACGUCGCAAAUCGAUCAUUUCGCUACUUUUUGAAAUUGGUAGCGAAUCGAGCAACCAUUCUCGAGCUCGAGAAAAAAUUCUUAUUCCUUCGCUCUUAUAUCAGGCAAUUAGUAUAAAAAAGGUCUGGAAAUUAUAACAUUUAGCAUUACUUUGUUUGCUCUAAUAGUUGAUGUUGCGUCGCGCUUUUUUUAUGUGCCAAUUGCGUCGCUGAACUGAAAAGCUUAUAAUUUGCUUUUGCCGCGACACUAUUCAUUUCCUCGGCGGAGAUGCGAUUUUCAAUACGACAGAGCUUUGAUUAUUUUUCCGUCAGCCUGAUACUAUAACAUCCUCUUCCACUUGCUCCUAAAUCCCAUUUCCAAAGUGCAUAAUUUACAUUUUUCGUAGCGUUAUCGAAAAAAGAGGAGACAAUUUUUCGUUCCGGAAAUCUCCCGUUCCCCGGCCCAUUCUCACGUAAUCCUACACGCCCUCUUACGCAACGUUAGCUUUCCGAAGGCCAAUUUGCGAUGAGAGGAAUCCUGUGAGGCUUUAGAUAAUGGUCCUGAAAAUGUUUCGGGAUUUUUCUCUCCGAACUUUGUUUUAUUCUCCGGAUAAUGGAAGGAGUAAUUUCGAAUACAAAGUUAUGUUCAUUGUAACCGUAGUUGUACUAGGAUACGAGGGCAGGAUUAAAAGUGCUAUAAAUUUUGAGGCGUCGCGGGUCUUGCGAACAACGAAUUUACGGGCAGCCAAGAUUUACCGAUUACAAUUACAAUUUUUUACCGUAAUCUAGGCAGUAUGAUAGAAUUUUUGCAUUUACAAUUUCCUGGUACUGAUAAGUACACGAACCUAUUGAAUUCAUCCGCCGGGUUUAAAGUUGUGGGAGUUUGUUUUGAAAAAAAAUAAAAAAAAUGCCUGGCUACCCUUAUGAUAAAUAGUCAAGCCACUUUUACGCCUGGAAACUUAAUUCGCAGCACCAAACUGCCAAAUCCAUAGAUUUUCCUGUUGUAAGCAAAGGUUGACUGACUUCGAUGCCCGCACAAUCUCCGCGGUUCUUCUAGCUGCCCGCAAGUUUAGGCCCGCCAAAUCCGAAUCUGUACAGUUACAUAUGUAUAACAUAUUUCGUAUCAAACAAAAUGGGGUUGAACGUGGAUUCAGGGAAACAAGAAUUUUAAGAUUUGGCCAAAAACUAAAGAAGUUAUGGCCAAUUCAAAUCGGGCUACAAAGAUGCCCCGCCCUGUAUUCUGUGAUCAUAAUUUUAGUGGAGAAAAUUGGAAAUGUUCAGUCUGAAUGAUGAGGUUUCAAAAAAUAGAACUGUAUUUUACAGGAAAAGGGUGUCGAGUGCUUCUGUAAAUUUCCCACUCAAGUAGAUCAUAGGUUGCAUGUCAGUUUUGGAAAAUUUAGCUCCCUCUUUGCAGGCAGAAGAUAUUCAACAAUCUUCGCGACGCCGACUGCGGAUGAUACGGGCAAAACAUCUUUUGUCCGUAUCAGGGAAAUAAUGAACACAUUGUCGCUGAGCCAAUCACGUCACUGAAGUGACACGCAAUUUGAUUUUAUCGCGAUACAAUUCAUAUUCUCGGCGGCCAUGCGACAUAAAGCCUAUUGUGCAUAAAGCAAGAAGUUGCAAAGUGCAAAGUGAAAUUUCGUUUGUGCAUGUCGCUAAAAUCACUCCAGCGACUUUGCGAACGGACUAGUUGAAACCCGAGGUUGCCACGGCUCUGGAGCCGACUCUUGGCUCCGGCUCGGAGAGGCUCCGGCUCCGAGCCGGGAGCCAGAGCCGGAGCCGGAGCCAGUAAUUUUGGGUACGGCUCCGGCUCCCGGGCCCAAAGUCGGAGCCAGGCUUCUCAACGUUCAAAAAAGUAAAGAUUCCAUGAUUUUGUUAAACCAAAUUGCUUGA